UGUUAGGUUAGGUUUGCCUUUUCCUAAUUGUGUCCUUAAACUUUUCCUUCGAUUAUGUGAAUCUACUUCUAGGUUCUUGCCUCUUCUAGGUAUCCAGCCACUGCUCUCUGGCUCUCCCUCGCACCCCCAGCUCCUAUUCGGAAAGGAGAGGAUUGCUUUACAGACCGGUGGGAGCCCUGGGCCAUCUUCCCAAACAACAUUCCCUUGUGUUGUCGCCUCCGGCAGUGAGACCGAGGAUGAUGACAGCAUGGACAUCCCCCUGGACCUUUCCUCUUCUGCCGGCUCAGGCAAGAGACGGAGAAGGGGCAACCUGCCCAAGGAAUCUGUGCAGAUUCUCCGAGAUUGGUUGUAUGAGCACCGAUACAAUGCCUACCCCUCAGAGCAAGAAAAAGCAUUGCUGUCCCAGCAAACACAUCUAUCUACACUACAGGUCUGUAACUGGUUCAUCAACGCCCGCCGAAGGCUCCUCCCUGACAUGCUGAGAAAGGAUGGCAAAGAUCCAAAUCAGUUCACAAUUUCCCGCCGUGGGGCCAAGAUAUCUGAAGUGAGCUCUGUGGAGUCAGCAAUGGGCAUCAAAAACUUCAUGCCAGCUCUAGAGGAGAGCCCAUUUCAUUCCUGUCCUGCUGGACCAAACCCAGCCCUAGGGAGGCCACUGUCCCCUAAGCCGUCGUCUCCGGGAUCAAUUCUGGCUCGUCCAUCAGUGAUCUGUCAUACCACUGUGACUGCAUUGAAAGAUGUGCCUUUCUCUCUCUGUCAGCCAGUUGGUGUGGGACAAAACACAGAUAUACAGCAGAUAGCGGCCAGCAACUUUACAGACACCUCCCUCAUGUACCCAGAGGACACGUGUAAAUCUGGACCAAGCACACAUACACAAAGUGGUCUUUUCAACACUCCUCCUCCUACUCCACCGGACCUCAACCAAGAUUUUAGUGGAUUUCAGCUUCUAGUGGAUGUUGCACUCAAACGGGCUGCAGAAAUGGAGCUUCAGGCAAAACUUACAGCUUAACUAUUUUCAAGCAAAACAGUUCUAACAAAUGUUAUGAUUGCCGGGGUGAUGGCAAGAGAUAAAUUGCAUUAUUUUAUAUAUUUUUUUAUUAAUAUUUGCACAUGGGAUUGUUAAAAUGAAGCUUCCUGUUACUGAGAUGUCUUCAAUGGAAUACAGUCAUUCCAACAACUAUAAACUCAAAGCUACUGUAGAAACAAAGGUUUUUGUUUUUUUUUUAUGUUUCUUGGUAGAUUAUUCAUAAUGUGAUAUGGUUCCCAAGAUUAUGUGAUUUUCCCCCCCUUCCCCCCCUCUUUUUUUUUUUUUUGUUGGUGUUUUUUCAGACUGUGCAAUACUUAGAGAACCUAUAGCAUCUUCUCAUUCCCAUGUGGAACAGGAUGUCCACAUACUGUCUAAUAAAUUUUCAAAUUUUUUUCAAACAAGUAUGAAUCUAGUUGAUUGAUGCCUUUUUUCAUGACACAAUAAAGUAUUUUCUUUAAAAUU